UGACCUUCCAAACUACCCCCUACCAUGCCAAAGUCGCCUUCCCAAAUUUCUCAUUUCAAGCAUUAUUAUUAUUAUAUAUUAAAACUAUAAUAUCGAUAAACGAAAUGGAAUAGACUGAUCCAAGAGUCCAAGACCCUUUGGCGACGAAUACUGCAGUCGUCCUCCUCUGCCAGCUUCGCCUUGGAAGCCCUGCUCCCUCCAUCAGGUAUUUAUCACCCACCAUCCCUUGCUGGCUCCAUAGGAAGUGCCACCAAAGAUCAGAAUCACACCAACCUCCCAAGUUCACCAUCAGUUCCUUAACCUCAAAUAUCUUAUGUUCUAGAAUUGGUUUUUUUCUCCCCUUGAAAGUAUAAUUAGAGAUCUAUCUUUUACUUAGGACUUUAAUGUUUUGUAUGUUUUUGUGUCUUUCUCAAGUGUUUUGGAGGAUGAAUGUUUUUUUUUUUUUUAGUAUAUCUAAAAAUAACUGAUUAGAACAAAAGGUUAUGAAAAAGAGCUUAUUUUAGUGGGAGAUUUGAGGUUUUAGGGUCUUGUCCUCUAUGGAAUUCUAAGGGGUUUUGUUGCUUUCUACUUUGAAGUCAAAUUUAGUAGUAGAUGCUAGUUGCAAACGCUACUUGUUUUGGGCAGCGCUGCAACUCUGCAAGUGAUUGAUUCCCUAAUAGAUCUAGAACUCUUCUUUCAUUAGUUCAAUUAUACCUCAAUAGGGUGCUCUGUUUUGAUGACGGAGAGGAAGAUGCAGCCUUUGUCCUUUGUGACCAAGAGAUUCCUCUUCUUUGUCGUCUCUCUGUCCAUCUUCCUCUUGGUUUUCUCUUGCUCCACUCUUCUAAGGUCGAGCAGUGGGUACCUCAUACCUGAAUCAGUUCUUAUGCUAGUGCUUGCCAAUAAGACAUCAGAGCUCAGCACCCGAUUCAGGGAUCAUAGCUAUCAUCAUCUUGAGUUAUUGCCUCCUCCUCCUCCUCCUCCUAUGAAAUAUCGAAUCAGUGUUCGACGAAAUUCCAAUUCUAAGAAGGAUGCGAGGGUCUCAGGUGAAGGAAAAAGGAAACGAUGUGACUCGAAUCAGGCUUUGCUCAAGGUUUAUAUGUACGACUUACCUCCUGAGUUUCAUUUUGGACUGUUGGGUUGGAAGGGGAGAAAAGAUCAGAUAUGGCCGGAAGUUCGUAAUCGCAUCCCGACCUACCCGGGUGGCUUAAAUUUGCAGCACAGUGUAGAAUACUGGCUUACAUUGGAUCUUCUCUCUUCGAAUUCUCCGGGUGUCGUCAGGCCUUGCUCGGCAAUUAGAGUGAUGGAUUCGAGCCAUGCAGAUGCGAUCUUUGUGCCAUUCUUCUCAUCAUUGAGCUACAACAGGCAUUCUAAGCUCCAUGGGAAGGGAAAGGUUGGUCAGAAUAAGCUUUUGCAGAAGAAAUUGGUGGACUACUUGAUGAGCCGUGAGGAGUGGAGGAGAGCGGGUGGAAAGGAUCAUGUGAUUGUAGCCCAUCAUCCGAACAGCAUGUUGGAGGCUCGGAGGAAGCUUGGGUCGGCUAUGUUUCUGCUCGCAGAUUUUGGGAGAUACCCGGUUGAGAUUGCGAAUCUCAAGAAGGAUGUCAUUGCUCCUUACAUGCAUGUAGUGCCUUCAGUUGGCAAUGAUUCAGCCCCAUUUGAAGACCGCCCUAUAUUGGCCUAUUUCCAGGGAGCAAUCCUCAGGAAGGAUGGUGGCAUGAUCCGCCAGAAACUCUACAAACUUUUAAAGGAUGAGAAAGAUGUCCACUUUGCCUACGGAAGUGUUCGGGAGAAUGGAAUCAGACAUGCAGGUCGGGGAAUGGCUUCAUCAAGAUUCUGUCUUAAUAUAGCAGGAGACACCCCUUCGUCGAAUCGCCUCUUUGAUGCAAUUGUGAGUCAGUGUGUCCCCGUGGUUAUAAGCGAUGACAUCGAGCUGCCUUUUGAGGAUGUCCUAGACUAUUCGGAGUUCUGCGUCUUUGUACGGGCUUCAGAUGCUGUCCAGAAAGGUUUUCUGUUGAAUCUACUUAGGGGAAUCAAACGAGAUGAAUGGACUAAAAUGUGGGAAAGAUUAAAGCAAAUUGCACAUCAUUUUGAGUAUCAGUAUCCAUCCAAGCAGGGAGAUGCUGUUCAGAUGAUCUGGGAGGCACUUGCUCGCAAGAUCUCAUAUGUUCAUUUGGAACUUCACAAGGAGAACAGACUCCAUCGAGCAGAGCUCAUGAACUAAGGAAAAUUGGAUGAAAUUCAGAAGUCCUAUACCGCAGCCUUAGGAUUAGUCUUUAGAAGGAAAAUAUACUGAUUGGAACCCUUUUGCUGCAGAACUUUCUCUUAGUUAGUCGAUAAAGACCUGUAAGAAUUUGUGAAUAGGUCAUAGAUUUUCUGUUAUAAAUUUCAAUGCAUACCAUUGGAACUUACCAAGUAGAUUUUUUUCA